AUGGUCGGUGGAGUUGCACCGGCCGUUACCCCGCCCGGGAAGUUGGUGGGGCAGCUGCGCCCGCAAGCAGUUACAAUUAUGAACGGUGUUGGCAAAAGUAAUAUUCCCCAGGCGGGUCCCGGUUCAUCCGGGGAAUCCCGCCCCGCCGCUUCGGCGGCGGGCUGCCCUUCGUAUCUGGGGGGGGCACCCACCGUUUCGCGGCUUCGGCCGUGUAGUGAGGAGGAGUGUACAUAUAGUGUAAAUAGAUGUGUGGGAGAGGAAAGCACUGCGCCUGAAACCGCAGGCAUUGUUGUAAAUAGUGUAAAGGAAGGAACUGUACAUAGUGUAGAUACGAAGGAAGACGAGGCGAAGUCCAGCAGCAACAAGCUGCAUAACAUCAUGCAGCUCCGCGAGCCACGUGUCUCGUUGGAACGCAUUGACAUCGAGUCGGACUCGUCUGCCGUCUCCAUGAGGUCUGCGGACUCUCACCGCAGUGACAAGUCCAGGUUUUGGAGCAGGAAGCGCUGCCAUGGUAGCGGCGCUACCUCAGACUCCGACGGGAAGGAAGAGGAAGCCCCGGAACCGAAAGUGCCGACUGGACGUGCCCGUCGUGGCCGAGGGAGGCCGCCUACAACGGGCGAAUACGUCGGCAAAGCGAAGUUUCAGGAGGCCUUCCGAAAGGUUAAGAAACAGCAGGAGAAGAAAGAACUCCAGAUCGAGGCCGAAAAAGAGAUCUCCGAGUUGACGGCAAAGGCGCGGUCCUCUAGGACCAGCACCGAGACAAGGCUUGCUGUGAAGCAAGCCAUGGAAGAGAAUGAGACCGUGGACGGGUUGCUGAAGCGCGUGCAAACCGGGCUGGCGCUCGUCCAGAAGGUAAAUAAGAAGUCGGGGCAUUUACAGGGCCCUAUGCAGGCGGCCCUCAAAGAGGCCGUCGUUAUCAUCAGUGCGGCUACCAACAUCCUCGCUAGCCGCACUGUGUCCGAAGAAGUGCACGACCUUCAAGCACAGAACGACGUCCUGAGGGCCGAAAUCGACGAAAUGAAGAGGGAGAUGGGAGAACUUAAGGCCCAACUCCGGGCGAAAGCCCCCACCAAGGAGACCCAGGAAGAGACGACACCCUCCAAUAUGGAGGAGUGGGCGGCGAAGAUCAUGGGUGUGAUGACGGCGCGGAUCAAUGCCCGAGUGGAAGGGCUGGAGCCGCGCCUGAACCCCGAGCCCAGGCUUCGCCCGCCUUUAAGCUUCGAAAAGCGACGAGAGGAGGCCCCUUUACAGCCUCCUGUCAGCAACCCGACGACGACAAAGCAAACGGCAAGAGGUAGCGUAACCGAGAGGGUCGCAGACCAGCCGCCUUCGGUCUCUUCCAACCCAAAGACCGAAGAAGCCAAGAAAGGCAAGAAGAGGAAGCAGAAGAAGGGGAAAGCUUCUAAGGCGCCCCCGACAGCUACUGCUCCACCCGUCCCUCGUCCUCUACCGCCUGCCCCGACCUCAAUGAACGAGGGCUGGAGCACAGUGGCGAAACGAGGUAAGACGAAUGGGAAGGAAGAGAAGAAGGCGCCCAUCAGGGGCCAGAAAAAGGCGGCUAAAGCCGCUGUGCCGAAAGCGCGUCCACCAAAGUCCGCAGCUGUGGUGCUGUCAAUACAGCCGGCGGGCAGCGAGAAGGGCGCUACCUAUGAAAAGGCCAUCACGGAGGCAAAGAGACGGGUGGACAUUGCCGAAUUAGGCAUCGAGGCCGUCCGAUUCCGCAGAGCGCUCACAGGUGCCACCAUCAUCGAGGUACCGGGAGCGGCGAGCGAUGAGAAGGCCGAUGCCCUAGCUGACAAGCUGAGGGCAAUCUACAAUGAGGAGGAAAUACGAGUGUCUAGGCCCACGAAGUGCUCUGAAUUGAGAGUAGCAGGACUAGACGACUCGGUAACACCCGAGGAAGUGGCGGCCGCAGUGGCCAAGUUGGGAGGAUGCUCCGUGGAGGCUGUCAAGGUUGGCGGUCUCCGUAGAGACUACACGGGACUUUUCGCCACCUGGGUCCGUUGCCCAGUUCUAGCGGCCAAAAAGGUGAAUGAGGGCCGUCUCCUGGUUGGAUGGGUUGCCGCCAGGGUGAGGCUUCUCCCAAACCGCGAACUGAGGUGCUUCCGGUGUUUGGAGGCCGGACACGUCCAGGCGGUAUGCCCGGCGGAUGUGGACCGCAGCCGGCAAUGUUUCCGGUGCGGGCAGCUAGGCCAUGUCGCGGCCAAGUGUGAAAACGAGCCACACUGCACACUCUGUGCGUUGGCCGAUAAACCCGCGGGGCACCGCGUGGGCAGUAAGGCCUGCAAAGCCCCGGGGACCAAGAUAGGAAGGAGAGCGGCGGCAAGUGCCAAGGGCCAGCCAAAGCCAUCCAGCCCCACGGGGCCUGAGGAGACGCAGAUGGCCGGCGAAUAA